CGGUCGUGUACGUUCCUCGCGCAUGCGCAUAACGGCCGUGUGACGCUAAAGUCGCCGGAGUGCCCCAUCCAGUUAUCUCUAAUCCAUGAUAUGGCCUUGCCGAUACCCAAGCCCGGCCCUAAAACAUAGGCCCAAGCCCGUCCGAUACUGAUACCGUUGGGGCGGCUGGCGCUAAUCAUGCACGCGCCCUAAUCCAACAAGAACAAGCUAAUCACAUAUGCUAAUCAUUCAUGUUUCUUAUAGGUAUCUUGCUAAUCAUUUUAUUUUAUGUGAGAGCAAGAUUUUACGGCAUCAAGUUUUCUUGUGAUUUAGCUAAUACCGCGGCAUUAUUACAAGGCGGUAAUUAUUACCGCCCUGUGCUUAUUGUUUUCUCCUGUCAUGAUCCUGUGUCAAUGUGGCAGCUGGUAGGAUGGUUAUUUAUCUCGCUCCUCCCACUGGUUCUGUUAGCUUAACUACAAUUGAGAGACUAUGCAUGGUUAGAUUUGAAUAUCUUAAAUACCUGACGAAUGUAAAUAGUUUAGAAGAGUUUCUAGAAGCCACAUCAAUAAACUUCUUUGUUCAAAACUCAGACUGUUUGAUGGAGCACAACCCGAGUGACAAACUGAGCUUCUUUACGCUCAGGCUGCUGAGUCUACAAUCGCCCCCACUGCGCACCAUGGUGGAGGCUGCCGAGCGCCGACUGCUGCACUACCGGCUCCGGCUGAUGUCGUUAGCCGAGCUCCGCUACACCCUGUGCCGGACCUCGGCUCGCGCUGACCGGCUGCGCGGCCCGCUGCCUCCCGGUGACACUCGGAGUCUGCUGGAUUCACUGGUGUCAGUGACGGCUGCAGCAGACAGACAUCUGGCUGAGCACGGAGAGGAGACGGAGGGGAUGGCACCCAGUCGGUCCCAACUGGAGACCUGCGAGGAGCCUGUCGUUAGAGUGCCGUUCGCUCUGGUGGCUCCUCUGGUCGCCUCCCGCUCUGUGACGCUGUCGGACGGGUACGCGCUGCUGCUGUGUCGCCACACGCCGGCGGCGCUCUCCUGUCUGCAGGAGGCGGCGCUGCGCGUGGGCCAGCGGCAGGCGCGGCCGGCGGUCGACGGGCGGCUGCUGCCGCUGCUGAGCCGGCUCACCUCCCGUCUGGGGGUGGUGGAGGGGUCGGGACCGGCCGCGCCGCUGUCGCUGUCUGCUCUGGAGGCCGCCACGCCGCUGUUGCCGCCCUGUAUGCUGGCGCUGCGCGCUGAACUCCGUCACCGCCAUCGGCUGCCGCAUCAGGACCGGGUGGCGCUCAGUGUCUUCCUGAAGGACGUCGGCCUGUCGCUGGAGGACAAUGUCAGGUUCUGGGAGCGUGAGUACUGUCAGCCGGCCGGACACGGUGCGACCUGCUCCCAUAGUUGGUCCCGCUGCCAGAAGCGGUACCUGUACAGUCUCCGACAUAUGUACGGUCUGGAGGGCCGACGUGUGGCGUUCGAGAGCCACUCCUGCCGCAGACUACAGGAGCGCUGCGGACAGAGCGUCUCCAGCUGCGGCGGCUGCCCGUUCGUCGGAUUCGACGCGCCGUCACUGACGUCUCUGUUGACCUCUGAGGCUGGCCUGGAGCCUGCUGAGGUAGCGGCGCUGACGACAGAGACCGGUGAGGAGCCGACUGUGCGCUGUCGAAGGUAUCGGUCACUGCUGAUGCGUCGAAUGUGUGGGCGGGGUGGCGCUCAGGGCGAGCGAAUGCCUCGGGAUGAUAGUGUGAGACGAGAUGGAGCAAGUGCCUUCCCUCAGACAGACAAUGUGAGACAAGAUGAGGCAAGUGAGCUGCCUCAGGUAGACGGUGUGAGACCAUAUGAGGCAAGUGGGCUGCCUCUGGAAGACAGUGUGAAACGCGCUGAAGCCAGUGGUGCGGAGGUCGGUAACUUGAUCGCGAGCAGUGACCGGGGCGACAUCUGCGCAAAGACCGGGCUGCGGGAACGGAUCGUAGAUGGAGCGGGCUGUGAUUCGGUACCCGGCAGCUCGCGACCGCCGGGUACUGCUACACUGGGGAACGAGGAGCCGACGCCUUUCAGAAAACCCAGCGAGUUUUUCUGCAGUCUGCUGAGCUUUCGCGAAAAUCAGAGCACUGGUGUUGUUAUUGCUGGUCCCAAAGCAGAAAAUCACCACCUAAAGUGAUACCUUAUGUGGGCUGAAGCGCCUAACCAAAUGCUCAAUUCUAGGCACUGAUGAAUACUCAAGAGUGUGGUACUGAACUGUGAUAGCGAUAUCAGGGCUAAUGCUGAUGGUUUCAAUGUGCGUGGAAUGUUCUCGUUUGACUGGCAUUCAGUGUAUCAAUUCUCCUGCACACCUGUGGCUACGAUUCCAUGCUAAACGACGGGUAUUUGAGGGAAAGUGGAUAAUCACUUGCCUCUCAUCAGUGUACCUAUGUAAAAGGAGUGAAGGUGUACACAUGCAUCAUUCAUAUCCAUGUAUGUGACUGUUAAAUCGGUGCGAGCGACUUAAGCGAGUGUCAUUUGAGUGAACGUUAUUUGAGCGAACCAUUUUCAGCGACUGGCAGCUUAGCGAAUAUCAAGUUGAGCGAUUAUCAAAUAUAGCGAUUACCAAUUUAAGCGAAAGCUAUGUUUCAGCGACAUCUUUUUCGUGGACUACAGUUUGAGCGACUGUCAUUUCAGCGAAACUCUUCAUCGUCCCGUAACGGUGUAAUUUUUUUUUUUGCGAACGUACGUACAACGAAUGUUUCUGUAACUUUUCAUGGUUAUCCGGAACUGGAUGGCGGAUGUCACGUUCAAAGUUCAGACAUUAAGCUCCAAAUUUAAUGCCACAUUUCUCAAAAAUUCCAGCGGUUCGAUUUCACCCCCCCCCCCCCCUGCUGUUUGCCAAAAAUGAUGACCAAGCGUAUGUUCAGAGAUUCAUAUUGCUUGUGCUGUUUUUGGCGAAAUUCCCCCGCUUGAAUUUGGAUCAGUUCCCCAUGUUGUACAAUUUGUUCUUGCCCCAAGCAACGUACGAAUUUCCAGAUAUUUGGGUGAGGUCCCUGAAACAUAGACUAGAUCCCCCUGUGCCGUCCCUCGAGUUUAUUAUUGGUCCUUGGCAUUCCUUCCAUCGUCCUAUCACGUUCCACAUUUCCAGAUCAAGGUUGCAGAAUGGGAUAUUUUUGUGGUUUCCAUUCUUAAAAGCAAAUUUUUAAUUUGCCGCGCGCAGCUUGAAGCAUGACACAUACCAAGCGGGUAUUCCAAGGGCAAGAAUUUCCGAAAAGUAGCAAAUGAUUGACUUCCGUCGCGUUCGGUUUCGCUGUAACUGUGUUCGCUCAAUUGGUCCCCCAUUGACCUCCACAUAUUCGCUCAAUCUGGUUUCGCUGAUUCUGGUCCUCGCUUAAGUUGAUAAUCGCUGUGAUUGAAUUCGCCGACUUGACAAUCGCUGAAAGAGUCAAUCGCUUAAAUUGAUAAUCGCUGGAAAGGCUUCGCUCAAAUGUCGUUCGCUGAAAUGACGCUCGCUCAGGUGUCGCAGAACCCUGUUAAAUACCCCAUCUUUUUCCCAUUUCUGGUAAUUAUGAAGAUAGGAUUAAUGUGAAUGCCGAUGGAUUACGUGAGUGAGUGCCGUCACGAUCAAGGAGAUCUCAUAUAACCGUGCGGCCGGCGGCGUGCAUACUUUCUCAAGCCAAACCAGUGGGCAGUGACAUUCAUUUAUCGGUUUUGAAAGUUGUAUUCGUCAAUCAUCUUACCUUUUACGUAUUUUUGGCUUGCAACGUCUGUCUAUCUACUUUUAGCCGGCACUUUUAUCUUUUAUCGAAACAUCGCAUGAAUAAAAAUCAUAAGCGUCUCUU